AUGUCUGCGGAGCUGCAAGCCAUACUUGUUGGGUUAAAAUACAUUUCCACGAACGAUAUAUUGGGGGCUGUUAUCAUGACGGACUCGAAAUCAGGAUGUGAGCUGAUACAAAAUAGUAUCGCCAAAUGUGAGCAUGAUGAGGUAAUUCACCAGAUCCUAGACUUGACUGCGAAAACAGGAACAACAAUCCAAUGGAUACCCGGACAUACUGGUGUAAAUGGAAACGAGAUGGCAGACCAACUUGCCAAGGCAGGAAUCAACAACCAAACGAUCUGUAACAACAAAAUAUUAUUACAUGAUGCGAUAAAUCUCUUUGGGUCACUAAGUGAAGAAGCGGCGCAACAAUGGUACUUGAACUACACUCAUGAACUUGGAAAAGGACGAAAGUUCUUCCAGAUCAGCAACACAAUACCUAAAAAACCCUGGCACCACAAACUACCACUCGACAAUAGAGAAGUCCGAACACUAAAUCGUUUACUAUCCGGUCAUGAUUAUUCCAACUUUUGGCUAAACAAAAUGAAAAUCACUGAAGAAGGCACUUGUGAAACAUGCAAUGUAGCAGAUAACUCCGAUCAUAUUUACGAUAAAAAAGACGUGGAUCUACUAAAAAAUGUAGUAUGUUUCCUGAGAGAAAUCGAGAGCUCCAUAUAA